GUACUUGAAAACCACGAAAAAUUAGAUUACCGAGGUUAAAAAAUUUGAAUCUCUCACUCCUCGCGUUCCGUUGGUACGUCGUAGUAGCAGAGACAUGAGGCGAGACGGAGGACAUGAAUCACCUCUCUUACCUUCGGCGCUCUCCUCUUCCUCUCCUCCUCUGUCUCAAAAGCUCCCAUGUUUCUCUCCGUUCCAUCUCGUUCAAUCCUCCAAACCGGUCCGAUGCCAAUCCACUCCCAAUAGCCCGCACGGAAACCCCGUUCCUGACCGUCGCCGCCGAACCCUUCUUCUCCAACAUCAUUCCACCCGACGUCUAUCGCUGCAAUCGAAUGCUCUCCGCCCUCGGCCGAAGGCGAGGCCUCGACGAAGCCCGCGCUCUCUUCGACCGGAUGCCUCAAAGGGAUGUCGUCACCUACGCUUCCAUGAUCACUCUCUACCUGCAAUCCGGCAAUCUCCCGCAAGCCGAGGCGCUCUUCUGGCAAGCACCCGCGAGGAAUGUCGUGUUGGGAUCGGCGAUGAUCGAUGGGUAUGUGAAAGCUGGACGGAUAGAUGAAGCCCGGAAAAUUUUCGACGCAAUGCCGGACAGAAACGUGGUCUCUUGGACCAGUUUGGUGUCCGGGUACUGCCGGGUUGGACGAACUGACGAGGCGCGGCGGCUCUUUGAUCAGAUGCCGGAAAGAAAUGUCGUGUCUUGGACAACAAUGGUUUUUGGCUACGCCAGGAACGGGAUGCUGAUAGAGGCCCGAGAGCUUUUCGAUCGAAUGCCGGAAAGAAAUGUUGUGUCUUGGACUGCUAUGAUCAGAGGUUGUGUGGAAAACGGUCGAAUUAGAGAGGCGAGGGAGUUGUUUGACAGAAUGCCGCAUCGGAACGUGUACUCUUGGAAUGUAAUGAUUUCAGGUUAUCUGGAUACUAAGCAAGCUAGCGAAGCGAUGGAUUUGUUCCAGUUAAUGCCUCAAAGAAAUGCAAUCUCUUGGACUGUCAUGGUGACCGGCCUGGCUCGAAAUGGGCUGAUGGAGAAAGCACGAGAGUUCUUUGAUAUGAUGCCAAAAAAGGACACUGCUGCAUGGAAUGCAAUCAUCACUGCAUACGCAGAAGAAGGCCGCAUGAGUGACGUGCAGGAGCUCUUCGAUUUAAUGCCUGAUAGGAAUGUUGUCAGCUGGAAUGUCGUGAUUCAUGGGUAUGCAAAGAAUGGAUAUCGAGAGGAGGCUUUGAGGCUUUUCCUCAUCAUGCUUCGCUCACCAGUGAAGCAAAAUGAGACCACCUUAACUAGUGUUUUGGGUAUGUGCCAGAGCAAUGUUGAAGUAAAGCAAAUUCAUGGACAAGCCAUCAAGAUUGGUUAUGAAAGAGAUACUUCACUCAUGAAUGCUUUAGUGACUAUGUACUCUAGAAGUGGUGACCUGGGUUCAGCUUGGCUUGCUUUCAAGACACUCGAUGCCAAGGAUGUUGUGUCAUGGACAUCAAUGAUACUAGCUUGCUCGCACCAUGGGCAUGGUGAUUGUGCAUUGGAGGUCUUUGCGCAGAUGUUGAGACGUGGAGCCAAGCCUGAUGGAAUUACUUUUGUGGGAGUAUUAUCAGCUUGCAGCCAUGUUGGUCUUGUUGACAAGGGUAAAAGAAUCUUCAACUCAAUGAGCCGAGCAUAUGGAUUGGAACCGAAGGCGGAGCACUAUUCAUGCCUGGUGGUGCUGGGUCGAGCAGGCCUCGUUGAAGAAGCUAAGGAGGUGGUCAGCGAGAUGCCACAAGGUGAGCUCGAUGAGGCUGUUUUAGGGGCUUUGCUUGGGGCAUGCAGGGUGCAUGAGAAGAUCGAGGUAGCAAGCCAUGUUGGUGAGGAGCUCAUUGAACUAGACCCUUCUGGGUCAGGGGGAUACGUGCUUUUGGCUAAUGUGUUUGCAUCACAUGGGAAGUGGAAUGAUGUGGCACGUGUGAGGAAGGUGAUGAGGGAGAAGAAGGUGAAGAAAGUGCCUGGUUUUAGCCAGAUAGAAGUGAAGAUGAGGAAUCAUGUGUUCUACGUCGGUGAUCGUUCGCAUCCCCAAGCUAAGGAAAUAUAUGGGAUGCUCAAGGAGGUGCUUCUCCCACAAAUGAAGGAGAUGGAGUACUUGCAUAUGAUCCAAUCCCUACCUAAUUGACACUCUUUUCUACUCAUCUUUAAGGAUUUCCUUUGUAGGUAUCUGUUGGGCAGCCUUCUCUGAUGCAACUGGAACAAGCAAUCAAAAUUAUGGAGCAAUAGUCUAUCAUAUUUUGAAAAUGUUAAUGAGCUCUAGAAGGAAGCAACUUUGGUUGGGAGAAGCUUGUCAUUAUACCUAGAAGACUGGUUUCCUUGGGGACCAAAGACAUUGAAGCUUUUAUGAUUUGGAAGAAUGUGAUCGACGGACCACUUUAACUACUUGAUGUUUCCAACAAUCUGAAGGCCAAAUUGCAGCACUACCAGGAAAAAGUUGGCAUCUGAUAUUCCACGGAGCAUUGAGCAACCCAUGAUGUCGUCAUGACUUACGAAUCAUUCAGGAAGUUGAUUUCAUCCACAAUAUUAAUGGGCUGAGCAAGUCAUCACUGGAGUUGGAGCCCAGAAUAGUGAACUGAAAGUCACAAUGAUCCUACUCUGCUGGUUGUGUAUUCCUUUAUUUGUAGUGACUGAAAAUCGAAGUUUAAAGUCAUUUACCUUACAGUGCUUCCUCUGCUUGAAGCAUGGAAAUAUAUAUAGUUACAAAGUUUGCUUAUGGAUUAGUUUGCGAUCAUUUGUAGAAGAAGCACCUUGAAACGUUUUGUAUUUUUGGCAGCAUUCAUAAACUACAGUUUUGUUAAAAGUUCUGUGCUGCCGAUUUCUGACUGUCAGAUGUGAUCAAGCCAAAGUACCAGAGUAGUGGUCUCUAUACAAGCAGAGGCAUCAAUGAACUAGCAACAAAACAUAAGUAUCUUAGUUUAAAACAAGAUCUCUGUUGGUUUAAAGAUUCAGGGAUCAUUUGCAUAUGAGAAAUUCUCAUGGCUUAAUUGUUGCAUGCGAAAUAUCUGUUGUUUAGCAUCUGUUAUGAUUUCGUUGUAUAUUUGAUGUUUGACAAUGGCCUGAUUUCACCUUGUUUAUGGGGAAGUUUUGAUUAUGAAAUUUUAGUUGUCAUGGUUUUCAA